AUCACGUGAUCAUUUUCCACUCCGAAUGACCGAAGCAGGAUCAAUGUUACCCGAUUUCGCAAUGGUUUCUUCUGAAGAAGAGUGUAUUGCGUUGGCAAGCUCGUAUAAAGAAACGAGUGAAGGUUCACCAUCAUGCCUACCCGACUGGGACGGUGAGAUAUGCUGGCCCUUAACAACGGCUAGUCAAGAGGUCGAAAUGGAUUGUCCAGAUAAACCAUGGAUAGAUGCGUCAAAAUCAUUUUACAGGGCGUGUAGCUCCAACGGGACGUGGGCGGGGCCUGGACAGUACUCGGAUUGUUUUCUCGACAGUCUCGUCACCAACCCGACGUUGUAUCUUGCCAACAUCUCAGACGCACAGCUACGGUUUUUUGAGCGGAUGGUCGCUAGUAGUCGCAUCCUGGCUAUCGUGGGGAACUCAAUCUCAUGGAUCAGUCUCCUCGUCGCUCUCUGCAUAUUCCUUCACUUUAGGAGCCUCAACUGUAAUCGGACCAAGAUUCACAAACAUCUCUUUGUCUCCCUGCUCAUACGUCUCACGAUCGAAGUCAUCUUUGCUAUCGAUCGCCACUACAGUAUCGAACCCGGUCACAGAUUCAAUACCAACACGCUACGAUUUCAGCCCAUAUUGUGUGAAAUAUUCGAAGUGUUGCGUGAAUACGGACGGUUUUGUGCCUUUGCUUGGAUGUUUAUAGAAGGAAUGUAUCUCAAUUCGCUAAUCUCCAUUGCUGUCUUCGGCAAACCCAAGUUCCUUCUUUAUUAUCUCAUCGGCUGGGUAUUUCCUAUUCCCUUUGUAAGUGCUUGGGCUAUUGCAAUGGAAAUGACGAAUGGUAGUCGGUGCUGGUAUCCGCAUGUCAAUUCAUUAUUCUUUAAAGGUCUCAUUGAAAUUCCAAGAAAUAUUCUUCUUGCCAUCAAUGCCAUCUUUCUCAUAAACAUUGUUCGGGUUUUGGUCACCAAAUUACGAGAGAGUAAUUCAGGAGAAGUUCAACAAGUAAGAAAAGCUGUAAAGGCUGCCAUUGUUUUACUGCCCCUACUGGGGAUAGUCAACCUGUUAUGGGUCCUCCCCGAAGCUACGGCCAAGGAUAGCAGGGCAAUCAUCGUCAUCUGUCUCUUCAUCUUUAGAUUCUUCGCCGAGUUUCAGGGAUUUUUCGUCGCUUUACUUUACUGCUUCUUAAAUCAAGAGGUUCGGGUGGUUUUGAGAAGGAAAUGGUCGACGUGGAGGAAUUACCGUGAUCCGACAACGAGACGGACGUCGAUGCUUACCUCAACGUCAGAUAUUCAUUCGACAAGAGGAACGAAACCGCGAAUGGGUGGCGGAGGGUUCGAAUACAUUACAGUCACGGUCUGAGAUGAAGACUAUCUAUACAGAGGCCGAAUAACGUGCGAAGAACGACACGACACGUCACGAAUGCAUUUCCAAACUUGAGAGCUACAAAGCGGCGUCAUCAGGGAUUUGUCCAUCUGGUGUCUUACAUGAAGCCAAUAAAAGAUGAAAAAAAAACUUCUAAAACAGGAGGAAACUUGGGUGCAACGUUUCGUUUGAUUAUCACAAUGCUAUGUUCAAACCUAAUUUCAAAAUAUCGACUGCAAGGCGUUGUUGAAAACGGCAUGUUAUAUUUUAAAAUUGAGAAGAAACUGAGUACAUCAUUUUUCUGCUGACAAAGACAUGAAAGAGGAGAUAUGUGACAUCGCAACGACACCAUCCGGACUUGCGGGAAUCUAAACCUUCGCUUUGAAAGUGUUACAAAAAAGCACACGUGUGCCCGUCAUUAUAAUCAGUUCAUAACAUUUAUUGCACAUUCAUUUAUUUAUUCAGAGUUCAAAUAUACAUGUAUGUGUGUGUCCCCAUAGUAUGUGUGCAUUUAUACGUAUGUGUGGUUAUUAAGUGGCCAUUGAAACGGCCCCAAUUGUGAACACAGAAAUAAAAGGAAGAUUGUGAAAGUCUAUAUUUCUGUGUGUUGGGCACAAGAGGGUAGGCGAAUACAUGAGAAAGCGAAAAGGUAACACUAUUAGCGAGAGGCAACAUGUAAUCUCUAGGCGUCUUUAAUGUUUUUGGAUCACCCCAAAAUAUUCAUGGGCAAUUUGGCCUUAAUCAAGUUAUUGGCCUAUCUAUCACAUGCACCGUAAUGUAUUUGGAAAUGAUCGACAAUAAAUGCAGGUGUCAAUAUUGGCUAGACUAUGUCAUUUAUUGGUAAUUGAUUUUGCCUCCCAUUCAUGCCGAAAUAAGACAGACUCAUCACUU